CGGCGUUCCAGAACAGCACGCCGGACUCGCGGCUCGACUACGGGGCACAGGAGUGACAACAGGUGUCUUUAUACUUAUACUCCUACUUCUCGUACUCCCCCUAGCACAAUCUCUAUCCCCCAGCUCGCGGGGUUUGUCUCCCAGAGGCACGACCUCCAUUUCGGAGGGAGUGUCGCCCUGAGCGAUCUUUUUUCAUCAUGGUCUACGACUGGGACGGCAAGCGGGACAUCUGCUAUCAGAUGUAUAUCAAAGACAAGAAGGCUCUAGAGGAGAUUAUGGAAUAUAUGAAGACCAUCUACCAGUUUGCACCGAGUAAACGGGCCUUCCAGACGCAAUUCAAACGAUGGGGCUUCCCCUCAAAACAGAACCCCGCGCACAAGAACAUGCAGCUUGUCGCACGCGUGAAGCAGCUUUGGGAGAAGAAUACGAGCCAGCGAGACAUGCUUCGGAUACUGAAUGAGGAGGGCUUCGAAAUCAAGGAGAGGGAGCUCAUGCGGGUGCGCGCUAAAAACCGCUGGCUACUGCGUGUGCCGAAUAGGAUGAAGUCCCAGUCGCGUAUCCAGACCCCGGACCACUUGCCCGAGGAUGAAGGGCUGUUUGCCUUGCAGCAGGAAGUCUACAAGACGGAAGGACCAUUUGAGGAGCCUAAGGCCCUGCCCGCCCCCACAGCGUCCCCCGAGAAUCUGUCAGAGUCUCCUGAACUGCCGCCUGAAGUCCUGGCAAAGCGCAAGGAGCGGCUGGAGCAACUUAAGACAGAAAGCGCAGAGCGUUGGGCUAGCAGGAAGCGUCGUCGCCGGACUCGCGGAUGGGCUGGGAUGCCCGCCGAUCCCCCGGGCCCUCCGCGCUUCCCUUCGGAGACGACCAUCGACGAGAGCAAGAAGUACCUCGACCUCGAUAGUGCGAUGUACCGUCAAGUACGGGAUGAAUUCCAACGCAUCUGUGAAGAAGCAGGCUUUAUCAAGAAAACCGUCGCUGGGCCAGAGAGAUGGCAGGAAGCCAAGAACAGACUGAUAGAGGAGUCUCACCAUCUCCAACAGGUGUUCUGGCACGACCCCAAUCAGCUGGAAGUAAAGACACUCGCUCUUGAUGUCUUGUGCACGGACGUCACAAAAAGGAUGAGAACACUGGAACGACGAAUGACCAUUGCGGAGGCCAAGAAUAUUCUUGGGAUCAAUCCAGAGGAGAGCCGCCAGGUACGCAAUGCAUUCUACAACACACUCAAGGCGGACCAUUUCACCAGUAAAUUGGAGGCGGGUGACGAGCACUGGAAGGAACUGAAAGAAGAGUGGAUCCAGAGCUCAGAGCUCCUACGCCAGAUCCUUGCGCCUGGGUCUGCAGACCCGGAACAUUCCACGAAAGUGAAAGCUCUUGAGGUACUUUGUCGCGAUGUCAUGAAGCGGCUCCGGGACGACCAGACAAAGAGAGAUCCAGCCCGGAAAUUAUGUCUUCCUCGUUUAGAGAUUGACAGCUCCGAACCGGAAAGUCCCCAGGUCAGCAGCACGUUUGGCAGGGGCAUUACUAAUAGAAUCAGCACCCUUGCUUCACAAGCGCUGGCCAGUGCGCCCGUAUCUGCCAGUGAUCUCGGGGACAUGCAGAUCGAUCCCUCGCUCUUGCAAGCUGCCAAUGACCCGUCUAUUUUCUCAUUCGCCGAGAUCCGUCGGGGUGUGGCUUGAGGGAGGGAGAAUAGCCGGCCUACGAGAAGGUGCUGCAUUCUCGGAAGGGGUCUGGGGGCAUCUGCCAAGGCUGAGGGGCGCAGGGAAUUGAGAGGCCCUCGACAAAGAUAGCGAGGUCCGUGACAGCUGUGAGGAUCCGGCACGUAAGAUGGUUCCAUAAGAUGGUUAUGUGAUCAUGGGCGUUUGUUGCUGUUGUAUAUUAUCACCCCACCAGUGCUUCGUAGUUGAUCUCCUUCUCUUUUUUCCCCCAGACUUAAUUGUUUUUGUGAAAUGUACCGAGUUUUUUUUUUUUUUUAUCCAAC